AUGGGCCACUUGCCCGAGUCUGCCUUUCCAGAGCCUGGGCCGAGGUGGGAUGCAAAGCUCCUGACGCUGCUGAAGGAGAGUGGGGAUACCUGCCCACCCCCCGCGGAGCUGGUGGACCUUGCGGGAAGGCUGUGCCAGGACUUCCGGGGUGACCUCGCCCAGGUGGAGCCCUUGGUGGAGGCCGUGCUGGGUAGCCCGCUCCGCCUGCACCUGCUGGACAGAGAGGACGUAGUUGUGGUGUGCGCCCUUGUCCUGGUCCGGCAGGAGCAGUACCAGGCAGCCUGCAGGCUCUUGGAGGGUUGUCAGAUGCCAGGGGGGAGCUUGGAGCUGGUGAAGCUCUGGAACGACAUCCACUACCGUCUGGCCAUGAGGAGGCUGGACGUGGCAAUGCUGACCCCUGUGCAGAAGUUCUGCUGCAGGAAGAGGAACCCACCACCCCCCUCCCUCUGUCCCGAGGGCCUGAGGAGCCAGAACUUCCCCAGGGAGGUUUGACAGAAGCUGCAGGACUUCGCCUCAGGCGUGAGCACCAACCCCGACAAGGCCCAGCGGGAGACCCUGUCAUCAGAGACGAGCCUGUCAGAGGAGCAGGUCUACAACUGGUUUGCCAACUAGCGUCGGAAACAAAGAGCUCUUCUUCAGCGCGUAGUGUCGGCUCAGGGGACUUCAGCAGAGGGCCCUGGUGCCUGGGGGAGGGGUCCAGAGCCCUCUCAUCCCUCAGGGGACCCCCACGCUGACCCUCAGUGUGUGGACAGGUCUCAGUGGUCAGGACAUGAGGAAAAGGGGCCUCCACGGUCCCCAGAGCCCACUCAAGGACAAUGGGCACCACUGGCCCCUGCCCCGGACCUUCCUGGAGACGAGAUGCUCUCAAGGCCACUGGUUCCCAGGUCCCUAAAGGGUGGCGAGAUGCACCAGGAGGGGCCUGGCCAAGACCCUGCCACCUUCACCGCCGUCUGCCCUGGCCCUGGCUUCUGCCCUCUGGCUGCCGGCAGCAACAUGGUGGACCUGUCCCUUGCUGCCCCAGGGUUGUGGCUGAUGUCACUUGCACUGGCAUCCUCCAGGGAAGCCUCUUUACAGCCUGGGCAGCUGGUCCACAGCCAGGAUCUGGGCUUCAGGAUGCCCUGGUCAGACGCUGCCAUGACAGGAUUCACUGACACACCCAGCGGGACCCCGCAGAGCAAGUAUCUGGAGGAAGGUCCAGAUCCGGCGCAAGCCACGUCCUCCUUCCCCUAUCCUGUGUUCGCCAUGGAGCUGAGCCAGCCCCAGCCCUCCAGCCAGGUGCAGUGGCCUGAUGGCCAGGCCACCAGUGAUACCUUCUGGGGAACGCAGAUGCUGUUUGAGUUUUCAGGGGGAAGCUUGGGCUGA